AUAUUGUCCACUGUCUCUGUAUUCCGUGCGGAUACGCUGCCUUGAUUCGGUGUUCCGGCAGCUUUGGAUGUAGGAUUUGCUGCAAUAUGAGCGACUCUUCGGGUAACUUAAUACCGCUACGCAACCUGCUGAACUCCGUACAGAGUGUCCGAGAACGAGUUCGAGAUGGAGAGCCAAGAGAUUCUGCUGGAGGCUUUGAUGUGCACCAUUUUUGGGACACUCUAGGCCAUACAUUCAAGGCUACAUCUCAGGCAGCAACUAAGCUGAGCAUUACCUAUUCAAAGCCUCCUCUGCCUUCAGCUCAGGAAUGUGAUGCAUUGGCUGACCAUAUCCAGGACAGUGUGCUGGCACUAGCCACUGUUUACUUCUGGCUGCCCAAAAGUCAUGGUGUGACAUUGAGACGAGUGGUGCGUGAUGCCACACUUGAGGUUCUGGAUGGUAUGCAGCAGCUAAUUGAAGUCAUUCUGAACACACCCUUGCAAAGUCUUACACAGGAACAGCUGACUUCAACAGCUGGGGUGUGGGCUUCUUGCGAUCAGUUUCCUCAUCUCCCAAAAGAUAACCAAGCUGCAGUCCUGUCACUUUUGGCCACCUACUCUAGUGUGGUGAAGGAUGCUAUAGAAGAGAUGGAGCAGGCUCAGUCAGACAGCCAGGAUCCCUACAGUGAUGUAUUAGAAGAUGAUGACCUGGACACCAGGGGGAAUCAGGACACUUACUGGUCAGAGGCUGAUAAGCAGCUCAUGGCGCCUUGUCACGGUCUAAUGAAGGCAGCACGUGCAUGUUUGAAGAAGCUUUCAGCAGCUGUAAAGAACAAUGGAAAAGUGGACACUCCUGCUUGUUGUGCACAGUUAGAUGACCUUGCAGAUUCAACCAAGGAAAUCAGCCCCAGUGUGGAUGAUUUGGCCCUAAGCCUGUAUCCUCCUAUGAACCAUAUUGCUGUGCACCAAAAUGCUUCAAGACUCUCUUCUAUUCUAAAAAAAGUUUUGGAAAUUACAAAGUCUAGCCAUGUAUGUCUUGAGCCAGAGGUCAGCUGGGUGAAAUUUUUGGAUGGAGCCAUUGAUCACAACAUGCAGAAGGUGACAAAUUUGGCCGAUUCGGCUACAUAGAGCACUUUAGUUGCAGCGCUCAAAAACCUGCAAAAUAAAGGACUUCUAUUGCAGUGGACAAAAUCGUGAGAGUUAAAAUUUGGACAUUUUACAUAAGAAUAGCGCCAAAAAAAAAAAAUGUGCCUUGAAAUGCACAUGAAGCCAGGAUGUUUUGGCCUCUUACUGGUAUAAAACAAAACUCAUAGAGUAUAGUAAUGAUGAAUUGGCAGAAACGCAGCAAAUUAAACAAUAAAUUGACUGUC